AUGUCUUCCCUUAUCCAAUACGGCUGGGCUGCCGUCCCACGAGACACCGCCAAGUUUGUUGUCUCGCUUUCCUCGACAAACACGAAGCCGGCAACUGCUUCCUCAGUAUCUAUUCCCUCGACGCCCUUAGCCCAAAAGAUCACUGCGCUAGCCACCCAGCAUCUGCCUUUGCAAACCGUCAACCACUGCUACCGCGUGUACGUCUACGGGUCCAUCAUCAUGGCACAGCACUUUCCCGAACAACUCGCCUCUUGGUCGGACUUUGCCGAAACGUUUUAUCUCACCUGCAUGCUGCACGACAUUGGCACCGCCGAGGCCUUUCAGCACACGACCAAAAUGUCCUUUGACUUCAAAGGUGCCUUCGUUGCCUCGUCCUGGCUGAGCGAAGCCUCCGCACCUCAAGAUCUCGUUGACGCGGUUGCCGAGACCAUUAUCCGCCACCAGGACGUUGGCACUACGGGCUCCAUCACCUUCCUCGGCGGCAUCACCAUAGUCGCUACACUACUGGACAAUGCGGGACAAUGUGGAGACUUGGUCGCCAAGGAAACGAUCGAGAGUGUUACCAAGGCGUACCCCAGGAACAAGUGGAGCGGGUGCUUUGCGAGCACGGUGAGGAGCGAGAUCGAGGGCAAGCCUUGGGCACAUAGUACGCAUAUUGAGCAGUUUGCCGAGAAGGUGGAAGGAAAUACGCUGAUGGAGCCGUAUGAAGGUGAAGUGCUCCCCUAG